CGCAGGUUUAUUAUUGAGUGUGCAGUUGUUGUGAAACGUUGAGUCACAAUCAGAGUCGAUCAGCCUUAAGGGAAGCCGAAAGAAAACAUCAAGCAGUUGGGGAAAAAAAAAAACAAAGUGCAGGAACAGAUUCGUGUCUCUCAGGCUGUAGUGAUGCCGUCCGACAGACCCUUUAAACAACGGCGGACAUUCGCUGAUCGCUGCAAGGAAGUGCAGCAGAUACGAGAGCAGCACCCUAAUAAAAUUCCGGUUAUCAUUGAGCGGUAUAAGGGAGAAAAGCAGCUUCCGGUUUUGGACAAGACCAAGUUUCUUGUGCCUGAUCAUGUCAACAUGAGUGAACUGGUCAAGAUAAUCAGGCGUCGGCUGCAGCUGAACCCCACUCAGGCCUUCUUCCUCCUGAUCAACCAGCACAGCAUGGUCAGUGUGUCCACCCCUAUCUCUGAAAUCUACGAGCAGGAGCGCGAUGAGGAUGGCUUCCUUUACAUGGUCUAUGCCUCUCAGGAGACAUUUGGAUGCUAAGUUCCCUACAUGAUAAAGAAAGUAAUGAAGAAAGCCAGAAGAAGCCAGGAGAAAGAAAGCAGGUUCCAGCUAACCGUAGCCCUGUGAUUUUCUCCGUUUCUCUUUCAGUAAGACGUACCUUUUGUCCUGCCAUCAAGUUAACACUACGUUCAUUGCGUCUCAUUAUGACACGAGUGUGCAUAUGACAGCACUACUGUACCUACUAGUUUGCCCUUUUAACCUUUUUAUCUUGACUCUGUUAUUCCACUUGGUGAUAAUAUCCUGUCCAUAUGUAUGUCUGUGUGAAAGAGCUGUUUGUUUGUUUUUUGGCCCUGUUUGUUAUUCAGUUGAUUCUAUGUUCUUUAAUUUUAUUGCUUUUAUUAGGGCCAGUGUGUACAAUUAUGAUGAACAUGUUUCAUGUCAUGUUUCAAGUAGGUGAGUGUCUCUUAUAUCCUUUUUUAAAAAAGAUAAAUCUGUAGUUUUCCAGGUGUUCCAUUUUCCUGCUUGCUUGUAGUGAUCAGCGAACUGGUGCUGAGAUUUUAACAUGCUUUUUCAAAAGCAAAAAUCAAAGCUUAGUCAACUUCUAUAUAUUGUUUUUUUUUUUUUUUUUUUUUUUUUGCAUAAUAGCUUUUAAAAUAGGGUGUGUUUGUGCAGGAGUACUAUAAGACUCCAAACCAACUUAUGAAAUCCAAAUCUGAAAUGUUAAAACCACCAUGUCCUGGGAACUUGUAAUUACUUAUUUUCUUGUAUCAUGCUCCAAUGUUCUGUUCCCUUUAAUAAAUUAGGAAAUCGCUUUACCUUAA